CACAUUUUUCAAAAAUAAAAUAAAAUGAAAUAAUUAGGAAGAAAGGAAUCAAUCGGUGAGAGAAAGCAAGCAGGCAAGAACUGAAGAAAGUUUUAAACUCAAAGUGAAGAAUAAUUUCAAAGCUUUCUCCCAAUCUCUCUCUCUACUCGUACUCAGUGUUUGUUUGUUGUGUUCCUAAUGUCGUCCGCACCGUCUUCGAGUCAACCCGAGUUUGAUUACUUGUUUAAGUUGCUGUUGAUUGGAGAUUCUGGUGUAGGGAAGAGUACUCUUCUUUUGCGCUUCACUUCUGAUUCCUUUGAGGAUCUUUCUCCAACUAUUGGUGUGGAUUUCAAGAUUAAGCAUGUUACAGUUGGGGGGAAGAAGUUGAAGCUUGCAAUAUGGGACACAGCUGGGCAGGAGAGGUUUCGGACUUUAACAGGUUCAUAUUACAGAGGAGCUCAAGGAAUCAUUAUGGUGUAUGAUGUGACCCGGCGAGAGACAUUCACAAAUCUGUCUGACAUAUGGGCUAAAGAAAUCGAUCUGUACUCAACAAAUCAGGAUUGCAUUAAGAUGCUUGUAGGAAACAAAGUGGAUAAGGAAAGUGAACGGGUAGUCAGUAAAAAAGAGGGAAUUGACUUUGCUCGAGAAUCUGGAUGCCUAUUUCUCGAAUGCAGUGCGAAAACUCGGGUCAAUGUGGAGCAAUGCUUUGAUGAGCUUGUGUUGAAGAUAUUGGACACGCCCAGUCUUUUGGCUGAUGGCUCAACAGGUUUAAAAAAGAAUAUCUUCAAAGAGAAACCUCCCGAGACGACCGCUUCGGCUGGUGGCUGCUGCUCAUAUUGAUUAUAUGCUAAAAAUUGUAGGGCACUCUCAUUUUGUUUUAGGCUACUCGUUCCAUUCCAUUUCAGCACACACCUGAAGUCAAAAGGUUUGUGAUCUUCAAUUUUCCCUUUAUGGAUUAUAAGUUCGUUCAACUAAAAUGUCUGCCCGACAGUAAGUUCCUUGUAUUCUUUCAGUUGUUACUAGGUUGACGAUUGAUUGAUUUUUUUUUCUGGUGUGAGUUUGAUUUACCAUGAAUUUAUGACUUCACAGAUGGAAACAGACGGAUCCUGAAAUCCUAUCAAUACUUUGGUUUUAGAUUUUUUUUUUUUUUAACGGGUGACCUAUUUUGGAAGGUCUUAAAUGAAA